AGGAUGAGAAACAUCGACUGCAGACGCUGGUGCAGACGCAGCCAACGCUUUUUCAUCCGCAGACCGUGCUCGCACCGGCACUACACACGCUGUUGCCCGACCGCCUACCGUGGUGCGAGACGCUUCUGCUCUCGACGGUUCAAUUAGCUCCGACGAGUGCCGCACCAAGCAAUCGGAUGACGGCUCCUGACGCCAGCCUCGUUUUGCGAGUCCUGCACUCGAUCCACGCGCUGAAUGGCGCGACGCUGCAAGCGCUCGUGACACUGUGGGGUGCUAUGGCCCUUGACGCGAUCGCGACCUUCUUGAUCGCGCUGGACGCGGAUGCUGUCGGUCUAGAGGCUAGCGUUCUGGCGGUGGUGACGACGACGACGCUGCAGGCGAUUCAAACAAUCAUGGAGAAGGAGACGGCUUUGUGGCGUGUCAUGGCGAGCUCAACGGCGCGGGUCCUCUUGGCAGUGCAGUAUACAUCGUCGAUAAUCUUGGAUACGUACCUGGCAGCGAUUGUCAAGGCAGUCGGUGAUACGAAUGCGCUGCACGACGCCUGUGUGUGGCCGCUACUGCAAGAUGCCACUGCGAUCGGCUUGUCGCUGUCUGGUCAACGAACGCUGGCCUCGGUGAUGCUUAACGUGCUUCCCACGUACGAAGACUAGGAAACGCUGUCGUUGGUGUCGUCGGACGUGGCCAUGAAGGAAGUGGUGCUUGGCCCGUGCUGCCGCGACUGCCGUCGCUUUGGAGCAUUUUGCGAUCGUCGACAGAGGUCAAGUGGGUGGGUAUGCCGAGUCAACGAAUACCUUGUGUGACCAAGCGGCUGCACAACUGCUGACGACGCGCCUGUCGUGCAGCAUCAACGAUCGUGCGACGUACCGAAGGUCCGCGUUGCAACGUUCAUGAAGCGCCACGCUUUGGUCAUCGAGACGCAAAACCACAAGGUGGAGCAACAGCGCCGAACGCGCACGCUCGUCGCGUUGCUGGAUGACGAGCACAACAAGCGCAAGAUGGCGUCUCCUGACCAAGUCGAAGUGGCUGAGAUAUCAACACCCAAGCGCCAGAAGCUGCCGACUUGCAGUUAGCCAUUAAAACCGUAUCUACCAGUAUACGAUGUUCUCGA